AUGGCUAGAAAGUAUUACUACGCUGUGGCUGAUGGCCGGUCCACCGGUGUUUACGACAAUUGGGGUGCUUGUGAGUCCCAGGUGAAAGGGUACUCGGGAGCGAAGUUCCAGAAGUUUUCUUCCAAGCUGGAAGCAGCUGCUUUUGCUAACUCUGGUAGUGGCAGCAGCUCCUAUUCUGGUGGCAGUUCCUAUUCUGGUGGCAAUUCUUACUCUGGUGGUAGCUCCUACUCUGGUGGCGGCUCCUACUCUGGUGGCGGCUCCUACUCUGGUAGCAGAUCUUCCUCGGGACGUCUGAGCUCCAGCCGAGGGUCUUACACCUCUUCGAAAUCAUCAAACAAUGUUUACACCGAUGGCGCUUGCCGGGGCAACGGUCAAUCGAGAUCUGCUGCCAGUGGUUAUGGUGUUUACUAUGGUGAAAACGACUCCCGUAACGUGUCGAAACCUCUCUCGGAAGUUGACAAUUCUGGCAGAUACACUAACCAACGAGCGGAACUCCAUGCUGUAAAGCAUGCGUUGGACAACGAAGCCAGAUCUUUGAGAGAUGGCAGCUCGAAGGGACCGAUCAACAUUCACUCCGACUCGCUGUAUUCGAUUGGCAGCAUGACGAAUUGGCGGGACAAUUGGAAGAGUAAUGGUUGGCAAUCGUCAACCGGCGAGCCGAUUAAAAAUCGGGACUUGAUUGAACCGAUGUCGCGUCAAUUGGAUUCCAUCAAUCAAUCUUACGGUGAAAAGGGUUGGGGAAAGGCGCAAUUCACCAAAGUCCAAGGUCAUCUGGACAAUUACGGCAACAACAGAGCUGAUCAAUUGGCCAACCAGGGCGCUGACAGAAUGGAUCGGUGA